AUGGAGCUGCAGCUGCAGCAGGACACACGCUGGUGGAAGUUACUGAGUUAUUAUGGUGUUUCUGUUGGUCAGAGAGUCACCGGCUGCAUUCUGUCCAACGUCAACACGCCGCUGACGACUCCUGUGAUUGGUCAGCCACAGAACGAGGCUCCGCCCAUCUUCCAGAACCACAACACCAUGAACCACAAACCCACCGCCAUCAAACUGUGGGGGAAGCUGAGUGAGAACCUGGGGAAGAUCUGCUGCGUCCGUCCUCACACCGACCGCUUCACCUUCGUCGAUGAAAACGCGAACCUGGGCCCGGCCAUGCGAUACGAGGAGAUCGAGUUACGCAUCUUGCUCCUGUGUGGCAGUGAUCUCCUGGAGUCCUUCUGCAUCCCUGGCCUGUGGAAGGACAGUGAUAUGGAGGUGAUCGUGGGAGAUUUUGGGAUCGUGGUUGUUCCUCGUGAUGGAGCCGACACAGAGAAGAUCAUGAAUCACUCCUCCAUCCUUCGCAAGUUCAAGGACAACAUCACCGUGGUGAAAGACGGGAUGAGCCACCCGAUGUCCAUCGUCAGCUCCACCAAGAGCAGACUGGCCCUGCAGCACGGAGACGGCCAUGUUGUGGACUACCUGAGUCAGCCCGUCAUAGACUACAUCCUGCAGAGUCAGCUGUACAUCAACGCCUCCGGGUAGACCCCCCCCCCCCCGUCUGCAGAGAACCCUCCAACUUCCUUCUUUGUCUUCUGUGUCAAACAUAUACUCUUCUUUGAGCUUUUCCACACCGGAGCAUUAGUGUUCCUACUUCUGUCUGUGUCAUGACGUUACCAUCAGGGAGGGGGCCGGGAUGGGUGGCGGCCAUUUUGGGAUGGGAUUGGGGUGUUGGUGGGCAGGUCUGGAGGUCUCCUUAAGGGCUGCAGGGGUGUCAUCGAUGCAUUUUCACUGCAAUGGUUACAGCAGUGUUUCCUCUGUUUGUUAUGUCUUUAUUCAAAGUUAUUGGGGUUGCAUGACAUACAACCAGGCAUGCUCUGUGUACCAGGGGCUGAUGGGAAAAAAA